CCUCUUUUUCUCUCGACGCCAGUAGGCACCGCUAGCAGCGAAAGGGUUUGAAAUCGAAACAGGGAGACCUAGGGCUCCCAAAAUUCCCCCCUUUCCCUUCGAAAAUCCAGUAAAAGUAAGAGAGAAAAGGGGAGGGGAGAGAGAAAAGAUCGACGAAGAUGGACGAUUACGCGAGAGAGAUGAUGGAUUUGAAGACCCUAGUCACUCGGACUCUCGAGAAGAAGGGCGUCCUCGCUAAAAUUAGGGCUGAGCUUAGAGCAAGCGUAUUUGAGGCAAUUGAAGAAGAGGACCGGGUUAUUGAAAAUGAAGACGCUGUACCUCCAGCACUACUUGGUAGCUGUAAUGAUCGUGCUAAGCAACUACAUGCCUCACCUUCAGGAAGGCUACUGACUGCACUUAUAUGCGAAUAUUUAGAUUGGGCCCAGCUCGGACACACCCUCAAGGUUUACUUGCCUGAGUGUAAUUUGCAAAAGGAUUUUUGGAAAGCUGAAUUGAGGGACUUCAGCAGCAGAAAUGGUUAUGAAAUGAACAGGAAUAGCGAAAGCGGGCCCAUGUUAUUAGAUGUUCUUGAAGGAUAUUUAAAAUAUGAGAGCUUGUCACAAACAGGACUAUCAGGUAGGAAAAUGACCACUACAGAGACCGACUCAGUAUCCACUUCAGACCCAAGGAACACUCGAAGGACAUCAUCCUCAUCUACUGUUGGUGGCUUGCCUCCAUUGGGAAGGCCGAUGCCAUCUUCCCAGUCAUCAGAUAGGAGAAUGGGCUCCAAUUUUCGGAAGGAUGAGUACAACUGGAGAUACGAUGAUGAUCUCUCCGAAGACGUAAUUCGAGCUUCAAGCGCCCUAGAAAACAUUCAUUUAGACAGAAAAGCAAGGAAUCUGACAUCAUCUUGGAGGCAUGGUGGUGACGGUACGAUGGAUGAUGAGGGCAAGGCAGACCGACGUUGAUGUUUGUGUAUUUGUAACUUUCUGUCUUAUUUGAUGUGUGAAAACUAAACGCUAGAGUGUAAAAACCUCCAUACAUUAUUGGUGUUGUAUUUUUUUUCCCGUGCUGAUAUUUAUUUUCCCCAUUAACAGAGGUUUGUGCAAUGUAUCAUUAUCGAGAACUGGUUAUCUUCCCAUGAGCGUUAUUGGCUAUGUUCCCAGUGAAUAUCAAGUUUGGUGUAAAGUCUGAUGAUGUA